AUGCAGCAUCGAAACAACUGCAGGUAUAGCAGAGUGUCUGCUUACAUCUUUCCUCAAAACAUUUCCAUGGAUCAGCGAAUUUCCCAGCGUUGCGACUCCACCGCAUUCGACGUGUCGGAGUACCAGCCAGAAGAUGACGAUCACGUACUAACCGAACGGAUUGCCAAUCGUAAGGGCUUAGCCUAUCGUUUGCGACGCUUAUUUCUAAUCGAUAGACAUCAUCCGAGUUCCGCACUGCAUUUCCGAUCGCAUUACCUCUAUCGGCGCGAGCUGGCACGCCAAGUACGCAGCAAGUAUUGGUACAUCAUUCAUCCCUUCAGCCAGUUCCGAUUCUACUGGGAUAUGUGGUUGAUCGUGUACUAUUACGCCAUUGCUAUGCUGUUUCCAUUCUUUUUCUCCUUCACAACACUCGUGCGAGUUGGUGGCAGAGCAUACGUGAUUUCGAUGAUCCUUAACUUAAUGGGUACGUUGGAUUUUGCGGUUCGUGCCUGUACCGGAUAUUUGGAAGACCAAUCAAAUAGAGAAGUCGUUUUGCACCAUGGAAAGAUUCUACUAAAUUACCUAAAGAGUGAUAUGAUAGUCGACGUGAUCGUUAUUUUUCCUUCGACACUAUUAAUCGGAGUUUACUUCGAAAAUUCUAACCGUUCUGUACCUGAAACUGUGUAUAUGGACAUUGUUCAUGGCAUGCUAAUGCUGAAGAUAAUUUCCUUGAGACAUAUUUGGGGAUAUAUGGAAAAUGUUUUUGAGCGUUACAAAAUCGAUCUCCUUAAUUACUAUAUUCUUCGGGUUGUUCUGACGUCUGUGCUGAUCGUGCAUUGGUGCAUAUGUAUCUACAAAAUUGCCAUAUUUGAAUGGGAUGCAAAUGAAAGUGAGGAAGGUUUGUCGUAUAUGGAAGCGCUUAAUCAGUAUGCAGUGUGUCUCUAUUCGGUGUCAUGGUUCAUGUUUGCGUACAGCUUCAUUGAUCGAGACAUUCCCAAAGAUGCUCGAUCGAAGGCAUUCAGUACGGCCUGUAUUGUGAUCGGAUACAUAUUUAAGCUUUUCAUCUUCCUGCAAAUAAUCAACCUGGUCGAGAUAAUGAGCUCCAUGGAUAGAAAGUAUGCCGAAGUAACGAAUCAGCUCCAAACGUAUGUUCGUACGAAACAGCUUCAUACGGUCGAUAUGAAACAACGAUUGUUGUAUUACUAUGCCAAACGGUAUGAGAACUGCUUUUUUCAAGAGGACAUCAUAAUGGAAAGCUUAUCCGAUACUCUCAAGAAACGAAUUAAAGACUACAGCGCAGCUAACUUUUUGAAAACGGUGAAAAUAUUUGAUGGUAUUCCAAUCGAUGUCCUGCUUCCGUUAAUGGAAAGGAUGACGAAAGAAAUAUACCUACAGGAUGAUCUGAUCAUCAAAGCAGGAUCAUUCGGGGACAAGAUGUAUUUCAUUAUUGUCGGAAUGGUAGCGGUUUAUACUCAUAGUCGCAAAGAAAUUUGUCACUUGUCCGACGGCGAUAACUUUGGUGAAGUGUCGAUGUUUACUCGUAAAAAGCGUAUUGUCAGUGUGGUUGCGGUGGAGUUCACCCAAGUAUACGUGGUUGAGCGAAUGGCGUUCAAAACUCUGUUUCCCGCCGAUCAUGUUGUACAUCAGCGCCUGCAGGAAAUGGCCAAUAAACGCAUGCAGAUAACUUUAGUGUUCGAAGAACAGCACAAGAACUAUCUGCUAAAGAUGGGAAUGAGUCAAAAUGAGAUCAAGAUCGGGAUAUGAUUCGCCGAAGAGCAGCAUCAAAAGGUACCGUUUUGAAGAUAUAUGCAAGGAGAGCUAUUGUAAUGUUCUCAGAGUAUUUUACCUCUCAAUUUCCCUUCGGGUGCAGCUUGAUGUGUAAAACCGAUAAUGUUUUUGACACCUUUGGUUGUGUAGGCAUGCAUGGAAAUUGAACCAGUUUACGAACAAGAGACGAACCACCUACUGAAGCAUAAUUGAGGAUGCGAACCAAAAAAUAAGUCAAUUAUACAACUCCUUGAUAUCAACUGAAUAUGAUUUUUUACAUUUCAUGCAAAUUA